UAAUCUAUAUGACAAGUAUGGAAUCCCUGACGUUUCUGAUCCAUUUACCCGGUUUACCAAAAUCUUGAGUUUUUUAGUAAGAUUGGUAAAGCGUUACGCGGAAUGUUAACUUGAUUAAUACUGAGCCGUGAACAUACGUAAAUAUACAUAUAUAGCAUAAAUAAGUAUCAUCUUACCUUCAUAUAUGCAUAUGUGCAACGGUGAUUCAUCGAUGACAGGGAAAAUGAUUAAGCCGACUGAUGAAAGUGUCAGGCCGUAUCAAUAUCCGCAAACUGUGGAAUUCAAUGGGCAGGAAGACCAGCACUCUGUAGAACUAUUUAGUACUGAUGUGACGAUUGUCCCAUCGCCCGGAGGGCAUGAUCACGGAAGUUCCAAAGUGAAGCUAAAAAACAUUGUCGAUUUUACAUGGGAACUACGAUUUUAUACGGGACAAUUACUUGCAGUUCAUAUGUCAGGCAAAUAUCUUGCAUAUGGAAUCAAGGCUGGAACAGGCGGAGGAGUUGUUCGUGUCGUUUACAAGGAGAGGGAGCAGCGAGCGUUGUUGAGAGGAAUGCGUGGUGCUAUUCAAGAUCUUGCUUUUGCUCAUAUCAGUAACGCGAUAUUGGCGUGUGUUGAUCACUCUGGUAGCUUGUUCGUAUAUUCCAUAGAAUCUACACAUCUAAAACUCGUUUGCAACCUCGUUCUACAAGUUGAUGCAGAUGAUGCUUCACCAACUAGUCACCGUGUCAUAUGGUGCCCAUAUAUCCCUGAAGACGAACCAGCUGAGGGCGACGAGGUAUCCAAGCUCUUAGUCUUAACACGUGGAUCUAAAGCUGAACUUUGGUCUGUUGCUGCAGUUGCAGCCAGGCUUGGAUCUGGUCCAAUAAAGAUCUCUGACGUGGCACAGAAUGAUGGAUGGGGCGGUAUGAUGGAGAUCAAUCAACACUCUGGCACAAUAGUUGAGGCCACAUUUAGUCCCGAUGGUACUGCUCUUGCUACAGCCAGUCUGGAUGGAGAAGUCAAGUUUUUUCAAGUAUAUAUGCAUAAUAGCAGUACUCAUCAAGGUGCACAGCAACAACCACGAUGUCUGCAUCAGUGGAAACCCCAUGGCGGUCGACCAAUUUCAUCACUAUUUUUUCUAGACGACCACAAAAGCUAUCAGCCAGAAGCGCAAUUCUGGAGGUUUGCUGUAACUGGCUGCGAUAAUAAUUCAGAGUUAAAAGUCUGGUCCUGUGAGUCUUGGACAUGUUUGCAAACUAUAAAGUUUGCACCAUUAAAUGGAAAAACACCCGUCUUGAAAGCAGGUUUGGAUUUAAGUGCAGGCUAUCUUCUUCUUUCUGACAUAUACAACAAAGUUCUGUAUGUGUUGAGCCUGGCUAAAGAUAGUUCAGAUGCCUUAGCCUGUGUGAAUACAAUUUCCGAAUUCUUAUUGCCAUAUCCAAUCCUAAGUUUUGGAAUCGUUGACGCUGGACAGCGCAGAGUUCGACCUACUGGGGAAUCCCUUGAGGAUUUAUGCCCUCUCGAAGACGAAACGGAGGAUCAGCUCGUAGUUAGGAUGUAUCUCGUACAACCAAAGUCUUUGCAGGAAUGCCACAUUGCCUUUAGACCUGUAACUCAGUCCGACGGUCACUGUCUUAUGGACACUUUGAGUCACGAUUCGUUACACUACAUGGAAGAUAUUCCCGGUAUUGCGGCUAUGAACCAAAACGGAAACGUUGAGGAAAAUGGGGACGAAGAGCUAACGGUUGGUGCGGCAAUCGAGGCAGCAUCCAAUCAUAGUACAGGUCUGAAUUUGAUGACGCCUGAUGCUUUCAGCUCCCCAGCAAAAAAAGAGGGAAAUAAUAUUGAUUCAAAUUCUGCAAGCCCUGAUCUGGGGGCUGUCUUGUCAGCUAGUCCCUCACUAGCUCAAGCUGUGCAAGCAUUAAAUUCAACCGAGCCACCAUUAGCGACAAGUGAACUUGGAGAGCAAGCGCAGGCGAGUGGAGGAAGCAGCCCUUCAAGGGAAGUAAGGGAAAUAUUCUCACUGGGAGCACCAGAAACCGAGCCUGAAGCCAAACCAGAUUCUGAAACCGCUGUGGCAGAGAUUUGGCCUGGUAUUCCGAUUGGCCUACUAAAAGAUGUUCGAGCCAUAGAAGAACCUGAAGAAUUUGUGGAGGACGAGGAUGCAGAACUGCCAACAAAAUUAACAAAGAAUGAUCUUCCCGAAGCUAGUGUUGAAUCUGACCAGCCUGAAGAAACUAACUGGUGUAUACCUGAUACUGGAAGUAUAAUUGCUCUAACAACCAAACUUGAUUCUAUUCUGAAAACAGUCGAAGAUCAGCGCCAGGAGCUGAGAGAGUUGAGAUCUGAAGUAACCAGGUUGCAACAAGAUACACCGGUAACUGCUCGUGUUGAAUCUGUGAUGGCCAGAGCGACUCAGCAGCAAAAUACAUCCUUGGAACAAACACUGCUUGUUCAGCUAUCACGCCAGCAGGAGAUACUUUGUUCUUUGGAAAGUGCAGUGACGGAUAAGAUAGAGAAAAAUUUACCAAAAAUAGUCGACGGUGCACUUGAUCCCUUGAGGCAUCAGCUGCGUUUAGAUAUAUCACGAAUGGAUGACCUUAUGAAAGAAAAUCUCACGCAGUUAGUAAGUGGUGCUCAUAUACGUGACACUCUCGCCCUUACUGCAGCAAGUGCAGCGAAACCUGUACUUGAGGCCGUUUUUAAGGAAGCUUUCACAACAGUAUUGUUACCAGGAAUGGAAAGAGCGUGCCAGACUAUGUUCAAACAAGUUCAAGACGCGUUUUCUCGGGGGACCCGUGAAUACAUUCAAAACAUAGAUUCGAUGGCAGAUAAACAACGGCAACGGAGAAACGAACAGCAGAGUGAAGCCCUGGCGGCAACCGUUCGUCAGGAGUUACAAAACGAACUUUCUAAAGGACUCAGGGUUAUGCAGGAAGGAACGACAAGGGUAGUUCGCGACACAAUCAGGGAGAAUUUGAGUCAACAUCUAACAGAAAUAUCUGGAGCAAGAUCUCGCGCAACAACUCCGGGUCUUCAAGCUAGCCCAAUUGGUGCUGAUGCUCAAGCAAGAGUUCUGAAUCUUCUACAAAGAGGCCAGCUGAAUGCUGCUUUCCAGCAGGCAUUGAGUGCUAGUGACUUGAAUCUCGUUGUUCUCGUCUGUCAACGUACCGAACCAAGCCGUGUCUUUUCUCCCCCUCCAGGCCUGGGGUCAGGUGGCCCACGCUGUCUACUUCAGCAGCCCGUUCUGCUGUCUUUAAUACAACAACUUUCAGCUGAUCUAGGACAACAAACUGAAUUAAAAUAUAGGUGGUUAGAAGAAGCUGUUAUGAACCUAAAUCCAGAUGACCCAGUAACUCACGAGCACAUGGGGACCGUCCUUAUGGCUCUACAAAGUCAAUUGACAGCCUUCAUCACAGCUAAUCCAAUCCACAGAUCUGCUAAGCAGAUGAAAAUGCUUGCUAUGGCCGCUAAGGCCAUAAGAGGUCAAAGCCUAUGAUAUGAUUUGGAACAACAAAAGUUAGUUUAGGUUUGUAACUUAAGAUACAAGACCGAGGUGACCUUGUGCGUGUUUGAAAGUAACGAAUCUAGUUGGAGCAAACAGCACAUCAAAGACUGCAAACAUGGCGGAUUUGAUCUACUGCUUUCAGUGCAUACUAAGGGUAGUUCCACUAGUUUUUACUCGUAAAAAAUUACAAUCAACUCUGGAAACUGCAGUUAGUGCACACUGGUAUGGUUCGUCAAAUUCCGCAGUAGUUAACUUUUAAACAGUAUUCGUACUGGGAUGUCAUGAGUAGAAGAAAAAAAAUAUUAUAUUGUGGACGCCAAUGAAAAGCUCGCAGCGUUCUUUUUUUCUUUUUUGUCAUUAUUUGUUAAAAUUCCUAUAAAUUUAUUCACUAUUUAAUAAAAGCAAUACCUGCUCUAUUACAUUCUGAUUGUCUCGAAUAAAUUUUAUCAAUGGAAGACUCACGUAACAGUGUAUUCGUUAAAUAUUUACUUGGAAUACUUGUUCCAAUUUUGAUGAUUGCAGAUCUUUGAACAUCAUCUAAGUAACACAUUAGUUACUCUCAAAAAAGGCCAGUAAAGAAUUGGUAUUACUCAUAUUCAGUUCAUAUGUCCGACAUAACAAAUCUAAAUAGUUUUACGCAAUCUGCAACUUGGUUUUACAAUUAUCUCAAAAUUCAAUUGAAUUCAAAUAUGUUGUCUGAACUGUGCAAUUUUUGACUUUAUCGUUAAAAUUAUAAAUUCAUUUUUUAACACAGCGACCACAAACCCGAAUCUUUUUCCACCACUUUCAAUUAUUUCAUUCUUA